AUGGGGUCCUGCAGCGAUGAUCUAAGAAAUGAGCUGGAGAAGGAGUACUGUCCUCCAGUGGACUCUGCUUUAUUUGCUGCAAUCACCACCGAUUUUGACCUGAUGAACCCCAAUGAGGUCAAAUCGCUGCGUGAGACUCUGGACUCUAUCAGAGAUUUAGCAAUUCAGCAAGAAGGUCUCCCCUUCGACCCAUCAGGAACAGCCAAUGAUCAUGUGGAUGCUGCUGAUAUGGGCGCAACCUCAUCUGCGCGACCCUCAAGUGCUGGGCGAGACACCCUGCAAACCCACACUGAUAGCACCAGCCAUGCAUCGUACCUCCUAGAUAGGAGUGACACCAGAAGCUCAAAGUCCCAGACCACUUCUCACUCCGCGUACACCAUCGCUGCCGAUGGGUCUCUUCAGUUUAUCGGUGGUAGCGAGAAAGAGAAGGUGGAUUUGCUGAUGCACAUGUUCCCAGACAUUUCUUCAUUCAAUGUCGAGCAGAGCUUGAAGAAGAGCAAUGGUGACAUUGAGAAGUCGAUGGACAUACUCCUCAAUCUGUCUUUCUUCGAUCAAGCGACGGCGGACGAAGAUCAAGUCGUGGUCCCCAAGGGACUAGAUGGGUUCAUGGCGGAGGUCCCCGACAUUGGCCGCCACAAAGGGCGGAAGAAGAAGCGCAACAAGAACAACAAGGUCACUUUUGGGCCAAACUCGCCUUCCGAUGAUCCCCCUGCAACAAACAAGUGGGAGAAGGGCCAAGCUGACAUUGAGUUCAUUUGCUCGCGCACGCCGGAUCUUCCACGGCAGAAGGUCGCAUCCGCAUAUACGGCCAAUAACAGGUCUUUGUCAGUGACAAUCAGGGCCCUAGCGACUGCUCAGAUGACAGAGGAUAAUGGGGAGCCUGCACCAGAACCGGUCAUCCAGUCUCAGCUGGACGAGCUUGUGGGUGAUUACCCUAAUAUUUCUGAGACCACCCUUAUUGGGUUGCUCAGAAUCACUCGCAACAUGAUGUCCGCCGCAAGUGAGCUGGCAGCCGAGAUGAUCCGUCAUCCAUCGGACAUCUCCGUGGCCGACUUGAUCAAGAUCACAGCUCCGAAACUCAACCUCGAUGACGAGGCGGACCUUGUCGACACCACAAGUCGCCAGAAGAAGGAGAACCUCCGCGGGAUGCUUGACUAUGAGGGCGAGCAAGCGGUUGCAGAUGCCUACUUUGCUGCCAAAACCACUGCAAAUAUGCAAGCAGCGCAGGCCGCCCGGAAAGCCAAGUCAGACCCGUUAUAUGGGGGUGCAUCACAAUACUAUCGUGAGGUUGCACAGCAACAGAGGGAGCUUGCGAUGCAGCACCUCUCUGCGGCCUCUGAGCGGCUUGUGGAUAGGCAGUCCACCAACGGCGAUGUCGAUCUCCACGGCUGUCAAGUCCCCCAGGCGAUUCGCAUCGCGCGUGACCGAGUCGAGGCCUGGUGGGACGGCCUUGGAGAUACGAAGCACGUCCGUGGUGGAGGCAAGUCGGUCCACGGCGGCUUCAAGAUCAUCACUGGCGUUGGCCUUCACAGCCGAGAUGGUAAAUCUCGCCUGGGCCCUGCUGUGAGCAAGGCUUUGAUCAGUGAUGGCUGGCGCGUGGAGAUCGGCCGAGGUUUCGUGACCGUUGUUGGCGUUGCUAGGCGUUAG